CCUGUUAACUCAAUUGAAGCACGCUACUAUGCUUUUAACAGUGUAAGAAAUGAGUACUAUCGUCAUGUUCAUGGGAAUCCUUCGUCACCCCUACUCAAUCUCUCCGAUCCAGAGGUUCAAGCGGAAAUGAAGUCCAUUAUUGCCUUCUGGAAAGAGGAGCUUGGGAUUAGUGGAGUUUUUAUCAUUAACUCCACCAACAUUCUCAGCGAGAUGGCAGCUCCACUUACCUCCAUUCUGGCCUCAGGUAUCGACAACAACACAGAUGCCUUCACUUGGUUUGCCGAUGAUCCCAUUGCUGACAAGCUGCUCACAGGCAAACCACUCUGCUACUAUGAACUGAUCAGUAAUGAACGCAUUACGACUCGCACAGAAGAUAUGAAUGCUCAACUUUAUUCCAUUCUCCCUGAAAUCAAGCAACGAUCGUGUUCGCCAGUUUGGCGCCUUACACAACGUUCUGCUGAUUUUACGGACUACUUUUCACUUCAAAAAUUCGCUGCAUUUCUGCCGGGACUCAGUAUAAUGAGAGCAGGAGAAGAAGUUCAAUUAAUGACAGGAGCGACGGAGCUUAUCCAAUGGGAUUCCACGAAUCCAGCGGACUUCAAGACAUACUGGCCAAUAAACGUGUUGCCCGACGAGACAGCGAAACAGCGAUUGGAGGAGUGGGAGCGGUAUGGCAAGAAAACAGUGGGAGUGGCAGGUACGAUAUUCAACACUGGUUGGGAAAAUAGUGAAGUUCGAAUCAUGUCGAUACCCAGGACAGAGAACCUCUUCGUGGUGCAACGGGUCUACUUGUCCAGUGCGGCCCGCUUUGCUACCUUCUUCGUUAGCUUCCAAGCACUGAAUGCUUUCACUAACCUGGUUGAGGUUGUGGCCACUCCUGAUGGCAGUACAGUCGUCGACCUUAUCUACGAAGGGAGAGGCAUAUUGCAUGGCAGUCAGCUGCGUCUGGGAUGGAUCUAUCUGGUCAACAAUGACGUUUUUAUUACAUUAUCAUGA